AAAGCCAUAGCGCCAGCAGGAGUUAUCAGAAAAGAGCUGCUGUGAAGUGACUCUAUGCGGUUUUUCAAUGACAUUAGCAUACGUGGAAAUCCUUACGGGAACCGGAUAGGCCUUCACGCCGAACCUCUUCGCGUCGACGACAGCCAGCUACCUUGUGUAUGUAUGAAUGCAUGCACAGCUGCUUUGCGGAUUGUGUGAAGCUGUCUUAUCUGACCAGCACUUAGAUUAUAGACGUAAAUUUCUCAUGUAAUGCCGAAGAGGAGGACCAGCCGAAGUAGUUCCGUUAUGGAAUAUAUAACAACGCCAAAGAUUGAGAACGUUCGCCUGUUGGAUCGUUUCAACUCCCGCAAGCCGUCCUCGGGCACGCUCUAUCUGACUGCUACCCAUCUGAUAUUUGUGGAUCCUGCCGGCAAGAAGGAAACAUGGAUCCUUCACAUGCACAUUGGCUUCGUGGAGAAGCUUCCCCUGACAACGGGGGGAGCCCCCCUCCAGAUCCGAUGCAAGACCUUCCAGGCGGCGACCUUUGUCAUACCCAGAGAGAAAGAUUGUCAGGAGAUGUACAAGUCACUGCAGAAGCUCUCAAAUCCAGCUGAGCUGGAGGACCUGUAUGCAUUCCACUACAAGUCUGCUACCGUUGUACCCACCAUGGUAACGGGUUGGGAUCAGUUUGAUCUGCAGGCAGAGUAUGCACGCAUGGGUAUACCUAAUGCACACUGGUGUAGCACAGCCAUCAACAAGAACUAUGAGAUUUGCGACACGUAUUCAAGAACUCUCUACGUCCCUACGCAUGCCAGUCCACCAGUCUUAGUUGGUAGCUCUAGGUUCAGGAGUAGAGGCAGGUUACCAGUCUUAUCAUAUCUACAUCAAGAAAACAAUGCUGCCAUGUGUCGAUGUAGUCAGCCAUUGGCAGGGUUCAGUGCUCGUUGUGUGGAAGAUGAAGAGAUGUUACAGGCUAUCCUCAAGGCUAAUCCAAAGUCAGAUGUCAUGUACAUCGUUGAUACAAGGCCAAAGAUUAAUGCUAUGGUGAACAAAGCCUCAGGGAAAGGAUACGAGUCUACAGAAGUCUACAACAACAUCAAAUUCAAAUUUCUAGGAAUAGAAAAUAUACACGUGAUGAGGAACAGUUUGCAGAAGCUUAUUGAUGUGUGUGAGUUGAAGAAUCCCUCCAUGGAAGCAUUCUUGAGUGGUCUAGAAUCAAGUCAAUGGAUGAAACAUAUCAAGGCUGUACUAGACACAUCAUUAUUCAUUGCCAAGGCCAUUGCUGAUGAAGGACUGUCAGUGCUGGUACACUGUUCAGACGGCUGGGAUAGGACAGCUCAGACGUGCUCUCUGGCGAGUAUCAUACUGGAUCCCUACUACAGAACUAUACAAGGCUUCCAGGUGUUGAUUGAAAAGGAGUGGUUGGCUUUCGGUCACAAGUUCCUGCACCGGUGUGGUCUGCUUGCGUACGACCCUCGGGAGGUGUCGCCAGUCUUCACCCAGUUCAUUGAGUGUACCUGGCAGCUGUGCCAGCAGUUCCCCUGCGCGUUCCAGUUCAACGAGAGGUUCCUCCUGGAGCUCCACGACCAUGUCUUCUCCAGCCAGUUUGGCAACUUCCUGGGCAAUUGUGAGAGGGAGAGGCAGGAUAAAAAGUUGUCCCAGAAGACAUUCUCUCUAUGGCAGUACAUGCAGGCUCGCAUGUCAGACUACAUCAACCCACUCUACAAAGCUAAUCAUCCAAGUGCCAAUGGUAUCCUCAAACCAAACUUCAGCCCUCAGAUGCUCAAAUUCUGGCGAGGGAUGUACAAUCGGUAUGAGAAUGGAGUCCAUCCCAGGGAAUCGGUCACAGAUGUGUUGAGUGCCAUGAAAGAUCACAGUACUUCACUAGCAGACCAUGUGCAGUUCUUGGAGAAUCAAAUCUCAUCACUGAAGAGGAUGCUGGCCUCUGAGAGUGUGAGCAGAGAAGAGAAACCCGAUACCAAUCACAUCUUUGAGAACGGUAGCACCCAGAAUUCCAAUUCACUCGACAAAGACACCACAAUAUCAACCAAAGAUGACAUCUCUAAUGAAAAAUGUGACUCAAGUGCAAUCAGCAGUGAUGACACACCGGACAAUGAUGUGUCCUCCCUGAAGACCAGUCCAUCUCUGAGAAGGGAUGAUAGCAGCGAGGUACUCUCUGCAUCCCUCAUGAACAAUGCGGUGGAGAGUGUAGCUACGGAGUGGCAGAGCUUCAGGCAUAUAAGACAGUGCUCCUGCUCCUCUCCGUUUGACUACUUCAGCAGAAAGUACCACUGUUGGAAGUGCGGUGAAGUCUUCUGCAUCCGUUGUAUAGACAAACAGACCCAGCUACCUGGUCACGAAUCCCAGCGUCCUGUCCCCGUCUGUCGGCCCUGCUACCGGGAACUCAAAGCGGGUUGCUCGGAGCCCAGCACACCCUCACGCUCUCCGUCCGUGGGACUCUCACCCACGCGCAUCUUAGCCGGGGGUCCAUUAUCGCCGUCGUCGCCCAUCACAAACGCGUUAGGAGCCAUCCAGAUUCAGGAAUAAUGAGAGGCCGAGCUCCAGUCACAUCGGAGAGACCGACACCGGACUGACAAUAACUAAACAACGCAUCACAUCACCCCGAUGUGCGAGAUUCAUCGAUCAUUGGUCUGUUUGGAUUCAGGUUUUGAGAUGUGCCUGGGGUAUGAGUAUCAUCAUGACAUAAGGAAAUCCUCAGCUGGUUAUCUAAUAUUAUCUAUAGAAUACAGCAGAGAGUAAAUCAAAUAUAUUUUUCUUCUUCUUUUUUUUUCUUUAGUGAGGCUUUCACAUUAACUUUACAGUCUUUUCCAUUCAUUUUCGUUUACUUCUGCUUGAAUAUGAAUACAUGGUUAGAAGGCUCAGAAAAUCUUGUAUCUUCUUACUCAUUAAUAAUGACAUAGAAUUUCGACUUUCUUUCAAUGAACAUCAGGAUCCAAUACAUUUAGAAUUGUUUUUAUUUUUAGAAAAUGUACAGACAAUGCCAAAGUUUUGUUCAGAGGUUGCUAUCAGAAGCAUUUCUAUUCUCUGAAGUUUUGAGGGAUGAAUUUAUAUCUGGUGCUCUUUCUUUUUGUAGGUAGUGAACAAAACAACUUUUCAUUGAUAAAAGAUCCACCAACACUUUGAAACGUGUGCCAAAAUAACGCAGGCAACCUGAGGGGUGUUUCACAAAGCCUUUUUUCAAUGACAAAUGACAAAAUCAGUGACAAAUCUGUUGAUAACCAGUCAAAAGCAAGGGUUUUAGUAGCUUAUAACAAAAGCUGUCAUUUGUCACUGAUGACAAGUUUUGUGAAACACCUCCCUGGUCAAGGUUUGCAUUGAAAUUCUAGAGGUCUUUUGCUUCCCUUCAUGCUUGGCUUGCCAGGGGGUUGCCAGCUGGGCUACCUACACAGUUGCUUAGCUUGCCAAAUUCAGUGUUUGAGGGCUUGUGCAUUGCACAGUGGAGGAUAACAUUCAUUUUGUCUUUAUUUUGUUGGUGCAACUUGGAAAUUGCCCUGUGAUAUAUGUUAGAUGGUUUACGGUGCCUGGGCUGCUGUGUAUGUUAUGCCUGGCUUUAAAGAGUUGUAACCUCAUCAGUGUGUCUGUGUGCAGCACACAAUUCUCGCUACCGUAACUAGGGUAUUUGGCAAUAAAGGGCAGUACCUGCCAUGGGUAUGUUAAGCAACGCCACUUUAGUUUCCCAUACAGAUGCAAUGGGUCAAGAACUAGAAAGUCUAAUACAAAUUAUAGUUUCAGAACCAAUAAACUAUAAGUAACAGAUUAUGAUGGUGCCUACUUAGAGUGCAUGAAACCUGAACCAUAGUUCAGUAAAAUAAGGAAUUAGUUAACACUGCUGUGAAUUCUCUUUGGAAGCUGGAAGAAACCUAGUCUUUAAUAUCAUCUUCCCAAGUAUUGUAUCUGUGCAUGUGAUGACCCGCGCAGUGUGGGAGGAAGGUCGCCAUCUACUGUCUAACAUCAUAUUUGCGCUAGGGUCAAUAGGUCAAUAGGUCGAUUCUACUUGGUUGAUUGAUUGGUUGGUUAGUUGAUGGAUAAACUGUGUACAUGUACUUCAUCUUAUUGCGUAUAUCAUUGGAUAAAUGUUUCACGCACAAUUACUGAAAAAAGGACAGUUUGUUCUUUCACACUGUAGUUAGAAGCAAGGUAGGAAGGAGAAUGUCUAAUACGCAGUUGUUGUUUAACUUUUGGAGAUGAAUGGUGUUAAAUCAGUCAUAAAGGAAAUGGGAAGCGCUGUUGUAUGAAAGAUGAUAAUGAUGAUGAUGAUUCCCAUUAAAAAUCUGCAUGAUUUUUUCUCACUAAAAAUAAAUAAGAUUUGUUGAAAAUGUUAUCAAUAUUAUUUUUACCCCCUUUCAUUCAGAUUAAUAACAGUUCAACUUCCUUCUCAAGACGUCUCAAAAACUCAAGAUUAUCUUUAAUUUCAUUCGAGAAUUCUUACAUAGCAGAUUAAAAACUGCUCACUAAUUAUGUGGCUGAAGAUGGGAGAUCACAUGGCAUUCAAUAUUAAAUCUCUAGUGGGAUAAUUAUUGUGAUAUUUUUGUAUGAAUCUAAUGAAAAAAAACUUGCCAAGUCUUGUAUGAAUAUGAUGUAAUGUGAAUGUAUAAUAGAUAUUUGACUAUCGAUAUGAGCUAACAUUCCCAGUUUACAAAUGAGUGAACCUGUAAUAGAUAAAAAAAUAUGUUGAAUUUAAAGCAAUGUUGCAUUAUUUUUGCAAACAAAUAAUUUUUCAAACUUUGGUCAAGUUUUGAUUAAAUAUAAUGACCUUGUUAUAAUGUUUAUGAAGCCAUGUGUGAUAUUGAUAAAGUUUAUGAGAGCGUAAGUAAUAUUAAUGAGUGUGUGUUUGUAUCAAAGCAUCAUUAUGUCCUGUAGAAGAGCGCAAACACCAAAAAAGAAAAACAAAUAUACAGAGAGAAGUUAUCACCAUUCACUGUUAGCACUUUUCGGGCAACUUGUAUGGAGUGGAAUUCGAUGUGCAGAUGCAAUGUAGAGUCAUAGAAAGAUAAUUCUGUUAAAAUGUGUAUUUCUAGAAAUGUCAACUGCUACUCGUCUGUCUGUUUGCACCCGCCAGCAGAGCACAUUAUUUGAAUAGAGCCGUCCUGUAUGUGAAUAGCAAGUAAACAUUCCCUAGCAAAGGAUUGGAAUUAAGUCUCAUUUCCAGCCUGCAUGCUAAAUUAUAGAAACAUAUUAUUAGGUUAGAGCGAGAUGGUCAUCAGUGUCUAUGUGCAGAAGGUCAUUAUUCACUGACACAAGACUUGGUGGGAAUAUCAUGAUGGGUGUACAAGUCUUGCACACAGCAAACACUUGGCCCCAUUAAAACAAAACAGUCUCUCAAUGAGUCUUUGGGUGUUGAAAAUGAAAGAUAUUGACUUUAAUGGGUGGAAAAUGCAGAGCAUUAAAUAAGGCCUGUUGGUCAUAAAACUGAAGGCUAUUCCUGGCGAUUGCCAACACCUUUUAUUCGGUAAACUCCCAAAUGGUGUCGAAUUCCCCAUGAGAGCCCACUACUGUACGUCAUUAAGAUUAAAAGUGGAAGAGCAACAAAUUCAACAAAUGAUACUUUUUAUUCAAAUGGUACACUCUAAAGAUGACAAAUUUAAUACAUCUGUGUAUCCACUUCAGUCGGUAUAAAGUCUCUAUGUUACCUUCAAUGUGCAUUUUUUAUUUAACAUGCACCAAAUGCGCUCAUGAAUUAUAUGGACUGUGAUCAUGGUAUGGAUGGAAUCCUGAUCAUAAUCAAGAGUGUGCAGUAGGAGACAUGAUAUCAUGCUUUCUGUAAUAGGUGGAUCCACUCUAAAUCUUUGCUCUCUCUCUCCAAGUAUGUACUUUGAAAUGAGUAAAGUCAUAAGAUUAGAACCAUUCCUAUCCUAUGGGUACAAGUAAACCAGUAAAAAAACAGAAAUUGCAACAAAAAGUUAUUCUACGGUUUCCACCUUGGAUGCCAUUUUGAGAAAGAAAACAAAAACCUUCCAGGGGUUUGGUUUUCUUUGAUUUUCUUAUGUUGUCCCUGAAUUUCAAACACUACUGGAAACCGUUGAAAAACCUUUUGUUGCAAUUCAUUUGGGAGUUGGAUAGUUUUUCCAUAAAUUGACCGGAUUCAAGUAUAUUGCCAUAAGACCGUGUGUUACGGGUGAGAUGAAAUUUCACAAAGGAGUGGAGCAUAGUCUCAUUCAUCUAACACGCAUGCGACGGUCUUCUUGAAUUGCAUGUUCAUUACCAGAACUGGAGAUGUAAGAUUAUUUUCAAACACAGCACCCACUUUGGGGAACCACUUAUUCUGUGCCAGAUGAUAAUGGUUUUAGGUUAACACCGUACUUUAAAAGGGUGUUAACACCAAGCACCCAAUGUGUAUAAGUGUUGGUAGCCUUCCUUUUGGAACGCCUAUUUUAGUGCAAUGUAGCUAGAAUUUGUUUUGGUCAAUUAAGGAUACAUUUGUAUUGUGCAAACAACCUUAUUUUCAUUUCAGUGUAUUCAUUAAUGUAGCAUUUGAUGACACUCAGUCAUUCUUAUCUCUUUUUCUUCAGGUAUUACUGUUCUUUCUCUGCGCAGUUUGAGCUUCAAUGUUUUUUCUUUGCAAUACUUAUCAUUGUAAAAAUGUUAACAUUUUCUCACCCAUCAAAUGCACAACAGAUAAUGCUUUGCUGCACAUAACCGUGGCAAGCUUUGGAAUAAUCAAUAAUGUUUUAAGACACAAGGAAGAUGGCCUACUUAAUGUUGUCAAUUCUUUGAAUGAAUUUGACUGAGGAAAUUGAGAUUGGUACAUGUAUGACAUUGCAUAUCAUUAUAGAAUUGCCAAUUGGAGAUUCCCAUAUCGAUAGUAAUCUUAACUUACCAAAAUUCAUAGCCUAAUUACUUGUCUUAUUUCUUUUUCUUCUAACAAAAACAUUUAUAUUAAGUUAUUUCACUGAUUUGUCUGUUUCCUGUCUUUCUGAAAUCAUUUGUUGAUUGAUUGAUUUCCAUUCAACCCAAGACCUGUGCAUAUUGAAAGGGCAAGUUCUCUGUACCCUAAUCAUUCAGCAUGCAUGAAGGUUCAUUGUUAGCCAUUUAGAAGUGUGAUGCAUUUGUGUUCUCAUGUCCAAUACACACUUUUUCAGGUUUAUUUGAGUCCAUUGUGGAUGUUUUAAACCAUGUUUUAUCAUAAACUCCUUCAUGAAUUUGAGUUAGUUUAGUUGGAAGAUAUUCACUGAUCAGUAAAGGAAGUGCUCGCAUGAAGAUAACCUUCUGUUCAUUCUUUGGAAUAUGAAUGAUGUUACAAUUCUUGUGCGCUAUGCUAUCUUCAUUGUCAAUUUAAUAUAUUUUCAUGUGAUAAUCUAAAAAAAGACCAAAUAAAAUAAAACCAUAAUGUAUAAAAAAAAAUAUUAAAGAAUGCAUCCUUUGUUGAUAAAGUAGGAAGUUUGAUUAUUUAUUCCAUGUAAAUUGAAGAAAAUGGCAUUUUUCGGUUUGUCAUGAUUCUAAUCAAAGAAGUGUAUUUUAAAAUAUGUAAGAUUGUGCAGUAACUUGUUGAUAUAAUUGAACACUCAUGACUCAUGAGAGAAUAGAUAUUCUUUGAAGCAGUGUCAUUUGGUUUGUUGUAGACGUUUCUAGCAUAUCUUGCAGAGCAGUAUGAAUCGUUGUGUAUGUAUGCUUGUAAAUAGAAAUUUAAAAAAGAUUAUAAAUAUAUAUGUUCUAUGGGAUUCCUUAGUUGAUGAAAUCUGUGAGUUUACAGAAAUUAAAUGAAUAUGUCAUAAUAUAUAUAUAUGUAUAGCAUAUAAACCCUAA